AUGCCUCCUCGCUCUCGUCAAACUAGGAACCAAGAGGCUGCAUCCAGGAGACAAGGUCAAGCCCUAGACUUGGAUCCAACCGACGGCCUGCCAGUUCAAAAGUAUGCGCUUCAAACCGUUCAGGUCAAUCAGGACAUCUCAGCAGACCUUUCUUCAGCAAACACAAAAUCCACCAAUUCGGCAGAAUGGACAGCACAAUUCAACACUCCACAAUAUCCCUGGCCAGAGGAACCAGUACCAUCAUUCAUGAAAGAACUACAAUUCUGGAACCAAGAACUGAUUCGUCGUGCUCGAGCUGGCAACACGAACGCCAAACUCUCAGUAUGGGAUCGCAAGCACAAUCGCUGGAUGUCAGCUGCUGAGGCGGAAAAGAGGGCGACACCUCUCAAGUCGCUGCAUCUCAACAACCUUGAGUCAAUUGACGGCAAUGGAAAGCUAACUAACGGCGACGCUGAUUCAGCAAAGUCCGACGUCGGUAGCGCCGAUGAAUCCGAAGACUCUGAGAAGUCUGCAGAAGAGGAGGAAGAUGAGGAUCCAGAUGAGAUUACACCCUUCCGGCCGUCAAUGUCCUCAUCUAAGCGCCGAAAACUUUCUGGUCGCGCCAAUGGCCAACCAGAUGAAGCCCGCACAAUCGAGGUUAAACGAUGGAUGCAGUUACCGCACAAUGUUGCAGAAAAGACACCUGAACGUUCUUUCCUUGCUGCACGACGAUCUGGGCUGCCACCAUUAUACAACCCAGAAUAUGCACAGAAGAUGUUUGGACAAUACCUUUCCAGCGCGACCAUCAAUGGUGCGGUAGGCUAUGAUCUAGGUGAAGGUGGCGGGUUGAACAAUGCAAGUGGUGUGCUUGCUGCUGGUGCCGAUAACCCUCAAGCUGCAACUGGCACGCCUGCCAGAAAGAACGUACCUCCUAGACGAAAGAAGAAAAAGCUCGGUGGACCUGGCAGGAGGAAGGCUAAUCCAGUUCCUGAGCCAGCGCCGCAAGUCGAUGCAUCUGUACAGCCCGCGGGCACAGAAAUCAGUCAAGCAGCAGUUGGGCAGACGGGACAGGCGGAAGGUAUUGUUCCCGAACAAGAUAUUAGCAAGAUCGAGGUGGAAGAAGGAGAAGACAACGACGAAAGCGAGGCAGAGGGCAGCGAAGAAGGAGAAAUUGACGAAAGUGGUGGUGCUGCAAACAACUCGCUUACUCCUGCGACUACCAAAACCGAAGCGCUUGCUAAGGACCUUACACCAGCACCACCAGUUACAAUCACUGAUACCGAAAUGAAAGAGCCAGAUCUCACAGCUCCAGCCCUAACCCAAUCAGAACCCAAAACAGAUCAAUCCGUAUCAAUCCCACAUCCACCAACCGAGGCCCUUCCACCCCCACUACCCCAAACAAACCCUCUAACGGGCGCAAUAGAAAUCUCCAUCCCUGGUCUAGGAUCUAUCCCGGACCCCGAAGAUAAGCAAAUCAUCGAGGAAAAUGCCCAAGUUAUAUCCAACACCGACGAACCGGCUAAAGAGCAGGUCUCAGGUAUAUUCGACGCAAUAAAAGAUGCUGCUCAAUCGUCUGCGGCGGCGAAAAGUGAAAAAAUAGCGGAAGUUGAGGAGAAGGCACAUGAGGUGGAGGUGGAUUUGCUUGGGGCCAUGGAUGCUGAGAUUGAUCGGAAUAUGAGUGAGAGCGCUUAG